GUCGUUCAUUGCACACUACUUCAUAUUCAUACGCUUAUGUGUAUGCUUUCCACGUUGUUGUUUUUGUUUUGCUUGUUUCGUUCUACACCAAGUGUGUGUAUAGCCGGCCCGCAUAUGCCGAAGGAGUCGAAGCUAACCACUGUGCACCCCGCAUUCGCACAGCGUCGACCACGACGACAGCACACACGACACGAUACCACGAUACCACUCGGAAAGGUACGGUCGGUCUCAUGCUUGAGACUGUAUGCAGUGGCAUAAGCAAUUCCCAAUUGUACGGAGUAUUAACGGAAAUAGACGCAACGCAGUUAGAAAUAUUUCGUUCACAGAUCUAACAGGCGGAUCAGCAACGGCUUAACACUGUUCAUAACGGUGACGCGGUCGUGGAAAAUAAUUUGUUUAGUUAUUCGAAUAAAGUGGAUAAUUUGUGUUUUGGUUAAAAAAAAAUAUUAGAAUAUUAUACAAGAAUGUGAUGAAAUAUCUAAGAAGAUAAUUAUUGUGAAAUUCAUAUAGAAUCGCAUAAAUACGAAAAAACCUCAAAUGCGACGGUAAACGAACGCAGUGAUUGAAUUUGUGCGAAAAAAAUGUGAAAAGAUAAACGGAAAAUAAUGAAAUUACUGAAACGAUUUUAAAACGUUUAUAAAUGUUCAAGUUCAAGUGAUUUUGUAUUUGAAAAGUACAACGCGAUUACAAAAAGAAAUAAUAUACAUACACACACACUUUACAAAUUGAGCAGUUUGGGCGCCACUUGUUCACCUUUGACUUACUGAGCGAUUGACGCGUUCAAAAACAUUAAAAUAACUCUCUACUCAGCUAAUACAUAAAAUUAACAGCCUUCAAAAUGAUGAUGAACGCUUUCAUCGACCCCACACCCUCGCAACAUCAUUUGGCCUCCUACGGGCUGCGUAUGUCACCGACCACACCCACCAAUCAGUCGGAUUUGUUGGGGGGCAACGCUCAGCAACAACAUGCACAGCAUCAGCAGCAGCAACAACAACAGGUGCAACAGCAGCAGCAACACCAAGCACAACAACAGCAACAAGUGCAACAACAACAGGCACAACAAUUGGACACCAGCGGCCUAAUGUCCUCAGCAAUGUCGUUGGGCGCUAGCGUCACCGAUAUGUCCUCGCCUGUAAGUGCAUCAGCUGCAAGUGCUGCUGCUUAUCAGAAUAGCGGUUACGGUCAUUUUAAUACUCAGCUCGGUUCAGCGUACUCAACGCCGCGUGAUUUUCUGCUGGGCCGACGCACGGACAACGAUUAUAUGUCUGGCGCAACAACGUCACAAUUGGUCGGCCAAAGCGCAGCCACAACGGCGGCAACGGCCGCUGACUCUAUGCUAUUCCCACCAUUUCCCGCCACACAUGCACAACAUCCUGAUUUGACCAGCUCCUUUGGCAAUCACCCCUUUCAUGCGGCGGCACAUCAUCAUGCAGCCGCCGCUCAUCACCAUCAACAUCAGAUGCGUAUGGGUAUGACUGAUUAUGCGCAUCCAUAUGCACAUCAUGCUCAACAUCAUACAAAUUUCCCGUCGGUGCAUCAUCAUCAGCAUCCCGCCAUGUCCAUGCAUCCAGCCGGUGCGGGUGCUUUUCUACGUUACAUGCGUCACCAGCCAUCGGCAGCGUCAGCAAUCAAGCAAGAAAUGCAGUGCCUGUGGGUUGAUCCCGAACAACCGGGCGGUCCGAAUGGUCGCAAAACUUGUAAUAAAAUCUUUCACACCAUGCAUGAUAUAGUCACACAUCUAACGGUGGAGCACGUCGGCGGACCGGAGUGUACAACUCAUGCCUGCUACUGGAUUGGAUGCUCGCGCAACGGUCGCCCUUUCAAAGCCAAAUACAAGUUGGUCAAUCAUAUACGCGUACACACGGGCGAGAAACCGUUUGCCUGUCCACAUCCCGGUUGCGGCAAGGUGUUUGCACGCAGCGAGAAUCUCAAAAUACACAAACGGACACAUACCGGCGAAAAACCUUUCAAAUGUGAACACGAGGGCUGCGAUCGGCGGUUCGCAAACUCUUCGGAUCGCAAGAAACACUCGCAUGUGCACACCUCCGAUAAACCGUAUAAUUGCCGUAUCAAUGGCUGUGAUAAAUCUUACACUCAUCCCUCUUCGCUGCGUAAACACAUGAAGGUGCACGGCAAUAUAGAUGAGAAAUCACCCUCACACGGCUACGAUAGCGAUGGCGACGAGUCAUCCUCCUCAAGUAUUGUGACCGGUGGUGCGCAAACACCGCCAUCGGCACGUCUGACCGGCGACAAUAAUAACGGCAUCGGCAAUAAAUCCUCGCCGCACUCCAUCAAAUCGGAACCGAGUAAUCAUGGUCUUGGCGGUAUGCAUAGCGUCAUACAUUUGGGCGCAUCCAGCGGCGGCAGCAGUUCAACAAGCAGCUCACAUUUACAUCACUCACAUGCGCAUCAUCACAGCAUCGGUGGCGGCGGCAACGGUGUUAACGGUGGCAGCAGUAGUGGUGGAGCCUCGAACAACAAUAAUAACAACAACAAUCACUCAACCAAAUCACCAGCGCUACAACUGAUGGCUUCCUCAGCAGCAGCCGCCGCAUAUUUAGCACCACCACUUGGACCACCACCAUCGCUAACAGCGGCCACGCAUCAUCAUCAUCAACAGGCGGCAUCUCCAGGUAGUAGUAAUGCGGCAGCCGCUUCAAUGCUCGUCACCGGUCAUCACAAUCAUCAUCUGCUCUACCAUCCGGCGGCACAACAUCAUCCGCCUAGCGAUUGGUAUCACACAGCAACGCCGCCGGCAACUGCUGAUGCAAUGAAUCCGCUGAAUCAUUUCGGUCAUCAUCAUCAUCAUCACCAUCAUCUCAUGCAUCCAGGUGCGGCGACUGCUUAUUGAAAUUGUUGGUGAGGCGUGCAGCAGCGGGGGUGAGCGUAAACGUGGAAAGGACGUUGUAAGGACUAUAUCCAUCAAAUGAGGCACUUGCCGGUGUUUGUAUGUGUGUGUGGCCUGGCCGAUAAAAAAUAUAUGUAUAUGUUAAGAUGUUUGGUUUGAAGGCAAAGUUUGCGGUCUUGGCGGAUUUGUUACCGGAGUGACCCCCAAUGUGGCCAGGUUUAGUGUGAGUAAUAUUUCGGUGAUGUAAACCAAUUAGUGGUAGAUAGUAAAUCACACUGGCGUUUACAUGCAUACAUACAUACAUACAUAUUGUGGUAUUUUAUGG